AUGCUUCUAUUAUGGCUUUAUUGCUGCAUCUAUCGCCGAGGUACAUGCGUCGACCAUACUUCCACUUUGAGUCCUUUGCUGACGUUCCUAUUGCUCACCUCCUCUAUUCCUUCCGCUGGCGGCGUCUACCACUGGGCCUCCGUGACCCCCGGCCCCCGCUACGGCCGCGUCCUCGGCUUCUUCACCGGCUCCCUCAAUUUCUUUGGCUGGAUAUUCGACCUCGCCUCUAUCGUCUCCAUCCCCUCCAAUGUAGCCGUACAAAUGUACGCAGUCUUCCACCCAGACCUCAUCAUCAAACCAUGGCACGUCUAUGUCGCUUUCAUUCUAAUCACCUGGUCUUGCUGCGCGCUUGUGGUAUUUGGAAAUCGUUUAUUGCCAGUGUUGAACCAAAUCGGGUUGUUUCUGGUGAUUGUUGGUGGACUUGUGACCAUCAUCGUAGUCGCAGCCAUGCCGAAAGUACAUGCCAGCAACUCGGCUGUAUGGGGCGACUUCAGCCAGAACAAUGCUGCAGGCUGGAGCAAUGGUGUUACCUUCUUGACUGGCGUGCUCAAUGGUGCCUUUACAAUUGGCACGCCAGAUGCAGUAACCCACAUGUCGGAGGAGUUGCCGAAUCCAGCCCGAGACAUGCCUCGGGCUGUGGGAGCACAGAUCAUCUUGGGCACACUAACGUCUUUCCUCUACGCCAUCGCUAUCCUCUACGGCGUCAACGACCUAACAGCGGUCGUCGGCAGCAACGGAUCCUUUCCGCUCGCAGUCGUCUACUCCCAAGCUACUGGCAACAAGGGCGCCACUUUCGGCCUGCUUUUAAUUCUCUUUCUCUCCAUCAUGAUCUGUGUGCUCGGCACUUUCCUCACGGUCGGUCGAAUAUGGUGGGCCCUAGCCCGCGACAACGCGACGCCUUUCUCGGGCUUCUUCUCGCAAGUCAACGAAAAGCUCAGUUGUCCUGUCCCCGCCACAGUCCUCGCUGCCUUCCUGUGCACCUGUUUCGGCGCUAUUCAGCUAGGGAGCAAAACAGCGUUUACCGACUUAGUCGGAUCAUUUAUCAUCCUCACAACCAUGUCGUACGCACUCGCCAUCGGGCCGCAUCUGUUCACCGGACGAAAGAAUGUUCCCAAAGGGCCGUUCUGGAUGGGUUCAGCCGGUUAUGCUGUGAACGCCAUCGCUGUGCUAUUGAUUGUAUUCUUCAACAUCAUGUUCUGCUUCCCAUACGUAUACCCGACCACCGAGUCCACUAUGAACUACAACAGCGUAAUCCUAGUCGGUGUACUCAUUGUCACCAUAGCGUGGUGGUUCAUCCAUGCUCGGACUAAGUAUCCUGGGCCAAAGCUGGCGAAUCUUUAUGUUGACGGGCAAAUCGUCGAACUGCCGAAGGAUGCGCAUACGGAUUAG